CGAAGCUGUGUUUAAAGAUUCACGGAGGAAAAUGCCUUUUCAUAUGCCGGCUCUUCUUCUACUCGUCAUAGGGAGUUUAGGCUGCGGGAUUGAGGGGCUAACAGAAGAGGAGUUCAUGCAGGCAAUGAGAAAACAGCAGCCAUACUGGAUGCUCAAACGUAGCUACAAUGACACCGUAAGUGACGGCAAAACCAAAGUGUGCAUAGAAACUACAGAAGCAACCAGCAAUAUCGCAUCUGCAGGAACUACUUCUAAAUACACGUUUUUACGGAAAUACAGACUGGGCGGUUGUGACUGGUUCCCUUUCACGCAUGACGCAAGAUAUUCAGUCACGUUUUCCAAUGAUUCGGGAGCAGGUGCAGGCCUGUCUAUGACCAUGGAGCCCAUUACUGCAGGCACGGGGACUUCUGCAACUUACCAGUUCCAAUAUUGGAACACAACGGAGAAUUGUUUUGUUCUUACUUCGACAGGAAGUGAAAAUGAGAAGCAGUGUGAACUGAAUGCAUGGAACAGCACGGCCAUCGAAGAAGCUGAUUUUCCCGGUUGCCAGACAGCUUACCAGAAACAUUGCCCGACACCUGAGCAGCCAUAUAAGGUUUUUACUGCGAAUUGUCGUGUUACGCUGCAAAAUUUUGACCCAACCUCUACAGCAGAUGUAUCAACUUGCUGAAGGAAACUCUCAGCCAGCCUAAUGCAGGUGCAAUCAUUUAAGAAAAGUAAUAAAGAAUGGCCUUUUUACUAAGA